UCGAAAAGAUAACAAAUUUAAAGAUUAUUGGUGUUUACUUAAUUCUCUGAAAAAAUUCUGUACGCAAACACGAGAAAGAGAAGAGAGACAUACACACACAUACGUGGUUUGAGAGGACAGGAGCAAAACGGCAGGUGUCACUAAUCCCAUAGGCUUCUCUCUCUGUUCACAGUCCUUUCGCAUAGAAAAAGUAUUCAGUUUUAUAUUCCCACGGUUAUUUCGAAAUCUAGCUUACGUUUUCUUUUUUUGAUUUAAACCAAAAGGGUAAACAAAAGAAAUGCUUUUUGAUUGCUUAGUGACGCCAUUGAAGCAGCGGCUCACAGAUAGUGGCUUCUUCUGCCUCCAAUUCCAAGUUGCUAACCCUAGUUUUCAUCUCUCUCUCUCUCUCUCUCUCUCUCUCUCCAUAUAUAUCAUAUCUCUCGUACUUUCUUGCUUUCUCUUCCUUCUACUUGGUAGAAGAGAUAAAAAGUAGUCAAAUUUUAUUCAAAGUUUUGAUUUUGACAUCUGAAGUUUCACCUCUAUUUUUUCCAGAACUCCUUUGGGUCUGUGUCUUUUACGUCACUAAAGGGUUUGUUUCAAUUGGUUUGUUAUAGUCCUAGGUCAUGCUUUUUGGUGUUAUCUCUCUCUGUUUUAUCUUUUCGCUCACCAGUGAUUGUGUCUGCUUUUCGAUUUUUCAGGUGGGUUUUGUCUCACUCACUCAUCGUCGUUGAUCAGUGACUCUGUUUUGCGAAAUUCUCUUCGGAUUUCUUGAUAAAAGAUAUAAGACGGAAUCAUGAGUGGAGCUGUGCUUGUUGCUAUUGCUGCUGCUGUUGGCAACUUGUUACAAGGAUGGGAUAACGCAACUAUUGCAGGAGCUGUGUUGUACAUAAAAAAGGAGUUUAAUUUGGAGAGUAAUCCAUCAGUGGAAGGUCUAAUUGUGGCGAUGUCACUUAUUGGUGCUACUCUGAUUACAACAUGCUCUGGAGGGGUAGCUGAUUGGCUUGGUCGCCGUCCGAUGCUAAUAUUGUCCUCAAUUCUCUACUUUGUUGGUUCUCUAGUAAUGCUAUGGUCUCCCAACGUUUAUGUGUUGCUCUUAGGAAGGUUGUUAGAUGGAUUUGGGGUUGGUCUUGUGGUCACACUUGUUCCUAUUUAUAUAUCCGAGACUGCACCUCCUGAGAUUAGGGGACUGUUGAAUACGCUACCGCAGUUCACUGGCUCUGGAGGGAUGUUCUUAUCGUACUGUAUGGUUUUCGGGAUGUCGUUGAUGCCAUCACCUAGCUGGAGAUUGAUGCUUGGUGUCCUUUUCAUCCCUUCCCUUGUCUUUUUCUUCCUCACAGUCUUCUUCUUGCCCGAGUCCCCAAGGUGGCUCGUGAGCAGAGGUCGAAUGCUUGAAGCAAAGCGGGUUCUUCAGAGACUGCGUGGUCGCGAAGAUGUGUCUGGUGAGAUGGCUCUGUUGGUUGAGGGUCUUGGAAUUGGAGGUGAAACAACCAUAGAGGAAUAUAUAAUUGGUCCUGCGGAUGAAGUUACUGAUGAUCAUGAUAUAGCUGUGGAUAAGGAUCAAAUUAAGUUGUAUGGUGCAGAAGAAGGGCUGAGUUGGGUUGCUAGGCCAGUCAAAGGAGGAAGCACUAUGAGCGUUUUGUCUCGCCAUGGAAGUACAAUGAGCAAGAGGCAAGGCUCAUUGAUUGAUCCUCUUGUCACACUGUUUGGGAGCGUUCACGAGAAGAUGCCAGACACUGGAAGCAUGAGGAGUGCCUUGUUCCCACAUUUUGGGAGUAUGUUCAGUGUGGGAGGGAAUCAACCGAGAAAUGAAGACUGGGAUGAAGAGAAUCUUGUUGGAGAAGGUGACGAUUAUCCAUCUGACCAUGGAGAUGAUUCUGAUGAUGAUCUUCAUUCUCCGUUGAUCUCACGACAAACGACAAGCAUGGAGAAAGACAUGCCUCACACUGCUCAUGGAACUCUUUCUAACUUCAGACAUGGAAGUCAAGUGCAGGGAGCUCAAGGGGAAGGAACGGGUAGUAUGGGGAUUGGAGGUGGAUGGCAAGUGGCAUGGAAAUGGACUGAAAGAGAAGAUGAAUCGGGACAGAAAGAAGGUGGAUUCAAGCGGAUAUACUUGCAUCAAGAAGGUUUCACGGGAUCUCGACGUGGCUCAAUUGUUUCAUUGCCUGGAGGUGAUGGAACCGGUGAGGCAGAGUUUGUACAAGCGUCUGCUUUGGUUAGCCAACCAGCUCUUUAUUCCAAAGACCUUCUCAAGGAACAUUCAAUUGGUCCUGCUAUGAUGCAUCCAUCCGAAACAGCUAAAGGGUCAAUUUGGCAUGAUCUUCAUGAUCCUGGAGUCAAACGUGCAUUAGUCGUAGGAGUCGGACUUCAAAUACUUCAGCAGUUCUCAGGCAUCAAUGGAGUUCUUUACUACACACCGCAAAUCCUUGAGCAGGCGGGUGUCGGGAUUCUACUAUCGAACAUGGGGAUUAGUUCUUCCUCAGCAUCCUUACUUAUAAGUGCAUUGACAACCUUUGUGAUGUUACCUGCAAUCGCUGUUGCAAUGAGGCUCAUGGAUCUCUCUGGUCGAAGGACUUUGCUUCUCACCACGAUACCAAUCCUGAUAGCAUCUCUAUUGGUCUUAGUAAUCUCGAAUCUAGUUCACAUGAACAGCAUUGUGCACGCGGUCUUAUCAACCGUAAGUGUCGUGCUCUACUUCUGUUUCUUCGUGAUGGGUUUUGGUCCUGCUCCAAACAUCCUCUGUUCAGAGAUCUUUCCGACUCGAGUCCGCGGAAUCUGCAUCGCCAUCUGCGCACUCACCUUCUGGGUCUGUGACAUUAUCGUCACUUACAGUCUCCCUGUGCUGCUCAAAUCCAUUGGACUUGCUGGUGUGUUUGGAAUGUACGCAAUCGUCUGUUGCAUCUCAUGGGUCUUUGUGUUCAUUAAAGUCCCCGAAACUAAAGGCAUGCCACUUGAAGUCAUCACAGAGUUCUUCUCCGUUGGAGCUAGACAAGCUGAAGCUGCCAAAAACGAGUGAGAAACUAAAAGACUUGAGAUCAAAAGUUUGUGUAAUGUUUCCAUGUUCAUGUGGAUUUGUUGUUGUCUUUUUACUUUGUGCAGUAAUAAUCAUCUCUCUCUCUCUCUCUGUUUCUUCUUCCUCAUGUGGGGAGAAAAAAAUGAGGAAGAAGAAAAAAGUUUCAAACUUUCAAUUACGAAUCUCUUUAUUAUCAUUUACCAUUUAUUUGCAGAAUCCA